AUGAACAGUAAUCAAAAGGGAUUACUGCCAGAGCCAAAUCCGGUACAGAUUAUGAAAAGUCUGAACAAUCCUGCCAUGUUACAAGUUCUUCUGCAGCCCCAGCUGUGUGGACGAGCAGUUAAGCCAGUUCUCCGAGUCGCACCCAGCUUAUCUCAUCUGCUGAGUCUGUCCUCCCUCCCCUCCGCGCUGCUCCACUUCAGUAAAGCACAACAGAGCUCAGUUAUGGGUAGCACAGCACCCUUUCUCCUUCCGAACCUUUCACACCUCCCGUUGGUCCAGCAGCAGCUGAUGAAGUUCGACAGUACCCACACUAACAAUAAGCCUGGCUUGCUCGGAGAGCCUCCCACCAUGGUCCUGCAGCCUACGCUGGCGAUUGGACCACCGCUUCCCCUGAAAACGGACCUGGGACACCAUGGAGAAGCGCACAAAACAUCUAAUCUGAUUCCAACUCAGACGACACUAGCAGCCGGGCUGGGCCUCUUACCAUUCUUCCCACAUCAGCUCACUGCCGGACAAGCCGGGCCGGGCCGUGGGACAACUCAGGAGAAGCAGUCAGCCUCUGCGGCCAUGACCGAAGCUAGUUUCUCAGGGCCGCAGCAGUAUCUGCAGACCUUCCCAGGCCUUCCUACUGGAGGCCCGCUGACAGGCCACCAGAAGACACAGAGCCAGCCAAAAGGCACAGAGGCUGCCUCUAAGAAUGAGACUUCACUCUUGGGAGAACCACCAAAAGAAAUUCGGCUCAGUAGAAACCCGUAUUUGAAUUUGGCAAGUGUGUUACCCAGUGUGUGCCUAUCCACUGCAAGGAAAGGCACAGCUCAGAAGACUGGAAUUGCAGGCAACGUUCUGGAUGCAAUCUUUCAGGGAAAUGAGUCCCAGCAUGGACUGGAGAAAUGUGUCACCUACUCUCUACCUUUCGAGGAUUAUGGCCAGGUGUCCUCUUUGAGAAACGAGAAGCGAGGCUCCGCCUAUCUCAUCUCUGCCCCAGAAGGGGGCGCAGUAGAGCUCGUCGGCCAGCACCCUCAGGACACGGGAGUGAGCUACACAGAAACCUACUUGAAGAAGAAGCGUGUGUACUGAGCUGCCUGUCUCCUGCCCGCCCGCCUGCUGCGCUCCUCUGCGGGGCCUGCUGCUCAUCGCUGCCUUAACUCCGUUCACACUAGCCAUAGCCUUUCGAUACGGGUUUCUGACUUCCAGAAGGAACUGUCACGCAGCAGGCCGGUCAGCCAACUACCCAACUAGCAAUAAGAAACGGCAUUGGUUGAGGGCAUCUUCCACAAGCACUAGAUGUGUCUUAAUCUGUGUGAUAACAGCUCAGCUCACUGGAGAAUCAGCAUUCCAAUAGUCCUUGUUUGGGGCCUGGGAACAAUUUUGACAUCAAAGUCUGAAGCAAUAAAUGGGAAACAGUGUUUUGUUUCCUUAGCCUUAGAAUGAAUUUCUUAGACGCCAACGUGCAUUUAUCUUA